CGCGUCACUCCGCGUGUAUGAGGAAGUUUCUGUUUACAAUUUUGUGAGGUUGCCGAAAGAAAGCGGCUCGAACUAACACCUAGUAUCUCUGGGGUUUAGGGGAAUUUUUUUUAAGGAACGAUGGAUCUAAAUAACGAGUCUGUUAAAAAGACUCUCUCUAAGUACAAAUUUCACGAUGUUGCCGUUGAAGAAUUACAGAAAAUUCACCUCAAAUACCCAGACAUGAAAACAGUAGCAGGCAAUUACAUAUUUACAGACAGUUCUCAGAAGGAACUGCUGAAGGUAGUAGGAAACAUCCCUGUCAGAUACCAAGGUCGUUCCUACAACUUGCCCAUCCAGUUGUGGUUGCUGGAUUCUUUCCCCUUCACGCCACCCAUCUGCCUUCUUCGCCCCACAGCCAACAUGGUGAUCAGGGAGGGCAAACAUGUGGAUGCCAAGGGCCGAAUCCACCUCCCUGCACUGCACAACUGGGACCAUCCCAAAUCAUCUGUAAUAGUGCUGCUGGAGGAGAUGAUUGCUAAGUUUGAAGAGGAUCCUCCUCUGGCCACAAAGUCUACAGGAGAUGGAAAAGACCCCAAUGAGCUGCUUGCAAUGGUUUCACAUCUAAACAUCACUGAAGGUGGAAGUUGGCCCGAGCAGUGCGUAAAUAAAAUCUCUGUGAUUGGAGGAGGAGACUUGGGCAUGGCUGUUGUGUUGAGUAUAAUGGCAAAAGGCUUUGUGGACAAACUGGUUUUAAUCGACAUACCAGAGAGUUCAACCAAAGGAGGCACCAUGGACUUGGAACUUUUCAACCUGCCGAAGGUUGAAGUCUCAAAAGAUCUGUCAGCAUCAGCCGGUUCUAAGGUGGUAGUGGUUACUGCAAACGCUUGGAAUAAUGAGCAGUCGUUUGUGAGUGUUGUGCAGACUAACGUGGAUCUGUACGGGAAGAUCAUCCCGUACCUGGCUCGCCUCAGUCCCCAAGCGGUGCUGCUCAUCGCCUCUCAGCCCGUGGAGAUAAUGACCCAUGUGGCAUGGAGACAGAGUCGUCUGCCACCUACGCACGUGAUCGGUGUAGGCUGUAACCUGGAGUCCAAGCGGCUCUCUUACGUUCUCAACGUUGCAAUCCUGGCCCACAGCACAAGCAAAAAAGCCUGGGUUAUAGGAGAGCAGUCUGGCAACAAGGUCGGAGUCUGGGCUAAUGUAAGUGGGGACAAGCAUCAAGUAUUGGUUCCAGUGUCCAACUCCACAAGACCAUUGAUAGACAGGGCGUUUGAGAUGUUGAAAGGGAAAGGUCAGAGGUCAUGGUCAGUGGGGCUGUCCAUCGCUGACAUCACACACUCCAUUCUUACAGACCAGCAAAAAACACACUCCAUCACUACUCUGGCUCAGGGAUGGGGAGGUGUCGGCUCGGAGGUGUUCCUCAGCUUGCCCUGUGUGUUAGGAGCCAACGGAUCCACCCGUCUGGCAGGCGUGGCCCUCGGCACAGACGACGAUGCCAAGCUGAAGGAGAGCGUCUCGUCUCUGAACAACCUCAUCACGCAGCUGAGGAUUUAGCUCCAAAACCCUCUCAGAUCCCAGCAAAGACUUGCAAACACCAUCAGCAGCAUGGUAACAGUAACAGCAAUCCCGUUGCAAUACAAACCUCAUCCUUUCUCACAGCUCGUGCAAGGCUGUGCUGCAUUGUCACACCGCAUGGUGCCUUUUAAAUCCAAGAAACACACAAGUACAUAGAAUGUAAAGACAGAAAGGCAGGUGAUGAGGAGAUGCCCUGUUCUCACCUUUUGUACCACAAACACACACACACUCCAUCUGAACAAAAUGAAUUAUUUAAAAUAUAAAUAUAUAUAAU